CUUUCCAAGUAGAGGAAAGAAUCUAAAUAUCUUAGAAUGCAUCUCUUUUUCUUAGAAUUUUCAUCUCUUCUUAAGGUGUGAAAUGACACUUUAAACACAGGAAGUGUCUGUUUAAGAGCACACAGGGCAGCAGUUAUUUUAUUAAUGUGUCAGUAUGGGGUCCAGUGCACUGCCUCUAAUCCUCUUGCUGAUGUUCCUCAUCCACGCUGGACUCACUGAAGCGAGACCAAAAGCUGUAGUGAAGGUGACUCCAGAUCAGCGUGUGUUCAGAGGAGAGACAGUCACUCUCACAUGUGACAUACAGGGAGCAGGAGACAUUCAGUGGACAUACAGCUGGUUUAAAGAUGCUUCAGUCAUCAGAGACGUCACUGAGAGAGUCUACACCAUCACAUCUGUGUCUUACAGUGGUGAAUACAGCUGUAGAGGAGAGAGAUCAGACUCACAGAGAUCAGACACCAGUGCUGCUGUUACACUGACUGUAUCAGAUUCACCCAGAUCUACACUGACUGUGACUCCAGACAGUCCUGUAUUCACUGGAGAGAGAGUCGAUCUGACGUGUGUGAUUGAGUCUUACAGUAACUGGAGUCAGAGAAAUGACCUGACAUAUGACUGGAGAUAUGAGUGGAGAUAUGAGUGGUAUAAAGGAGGAAACAACAGUGUAAUGUUACAGACGUCUGAGCGUUACACUGUAAACACUGACACUCUCACUAUCAGAGGAGCUACUGAGUCUGAUCAGGAUCAGUACUGGUGUAGAGGACAGAGAGAUAAAAGACCAAACUCAUCACAAUCAAGCUCUGUUUCUCUCGCUGUGAAAGGUGAGUUAAAUAUCAUUGUCCUUCUGUAUCACAUGAAUGAUCACACAUCCAAUCAAAAUACAUUCUCAUUCUCAGAUGUUACAUUUACACUACUCAUAAAUAUGAAUGUUACACUUCAUUUGAGGGUUUAA